AUGGCUGAAAGUGGCAGUUCAUCAACCUUUGAUUCGAAGAACGACAAUGGUGUUUUGUGUAAAUGUCGUCGAGUAGCUAAGAUUGUGAGAGCUUGGACCGAAACAAACCCAGGAAGGAGGUUCUAUGGCUGUCAAGGCCGUAAGGUUGUGAACGGGUGUAGGGUCUUUCGUAACGUCCUUAUAACUUCGUCAGUAGGAUUUGCAGUGGUUAUUGGAGUCAUAGUGGGAGUAUCGAAGUAG